AUGGAUUUAAAUACUUUACUUUUACCUAACCAUCUCUCAGUGUUUUCACUCGGUGCCUAUUUAGGUCCAGAUUUCACUGACGAGGAACGGAGUAAUGCUGGUACCCGAGGUGAAUCGUUAUGUAUUCAUUUCGGUAUAAUUCCAAGUGAAUUUGACAUACCUCAAUGUCACUGUGGUAGACCGAUGUACCGAUUGUCAGAUUAUACACGUAAAUUGAGGUAUAGGUUUAAGUGUUCUGUAGGUCACAGGAUUUCGCCCACCAAAAAUACUUUUUUGGAAUACGUACACACGGCUGGAGAAUUGGGUGCACAUAAGAUUGUGCAGAUGGCUUAUCUUUGGACAAUGAAAGCUAAUACUUCUACUAUCCAGCAGGAGGUAAAAGUCUCAAAAGAAACGGCUUUAGCGUUUUGCGAAUACUUCCGCGAUGUUGCCACAAAGAUCGCAAACCACGAUUAUACGUUAAUAGGAGAUAGUCAAGAUAUCGUGGAAGUAGAUGAAACACAUUUAUUCAAAGCGAAAUACAAUGUGGGACGAGCGAUGACAUGGAACGCUGUUUGGCUUUUUGGUAUAUUAAAAUGUUUAACUUAA